AUGGAAGCCUUCCCGCCGCUCGCCCCGGCCGCCGGCACCGCCCCUUUCCCGCCCCCUCCUCCCGCCCCCGCCGCCGCCGCCCCUGGCGGCGCGGCCCCAUGGGCGUGGGGCGACGCCGCGACGGCGCGGAGGGAGACGGUGCCGAAGGAGUCGGCGGCGCAGGCGGUGAGCCGCAUCGUGUCCAGCUGCGCCGACUCGGGCGGCGUGGCGGUGGCCGUCGUGGACGCCAACGCGGUCAUCUCGGGCGGCGCCGCGCUCGCCACCACCGCCGGCCGCCUCGUCACGGUGCCGGAGGUGCUCGAGGAGGUGCGGGACGCGGCCGCGCGCCGCCGCCUCGCGCUCCUGCCCACGCCCGUGGAGACCGUCGAGCCCGCCCCCGAGUUCGUCAAGAAAGUCGUCAAAUUCGCCAGGGAAACAGGGGAUCUGCAAACGCUUUCAGAUGUCGAUAUGAAGAUCAUUGCUCUAGCAUACAUGUUGGAGGCUGAGAUCCACGGGACGAGCCAUCUGCGGGAGCACCCACCUCCGCUGCAUGUCGUCAGUGUCCGGAGCUUGAAGGAGGCUCCGCUGCCGGGCUGGGGCAACAACGUGCCAAACCUGGCGGAGUGGGAGGCGUUGGAUAAGAUGUCUGAAGCACAAGGGGAUCUUAGUUCUCGGAUACUUCCGCUGAAGGAUCUUGAGAACCAGGAAAUCCCUACAAGUGAGACCAACAGUAUUUCCGAGACACAGGGGGCUGAAGAGUUUCAGCCUUCAAAGAGAGAUGCCUGUAUACCUUGGGAGGAUGACGAGAAUAACGAAGGCUGGUUUCCUGCUGUUAGCCGUACCACGCACAGGAAAUAUUUACGGAGGAAGGCGAGGCGUGAUGCCCUCAAAGGAUCUGAACAAAGUUUUGACACAAGUUCUAUUGCUCCAUCGGUCGAUGAUGAUAACGAUUUAUCUGAAAAUGGUUUGGAUCCAGUGGAUGACAUUUCUGCUGUUCCAGAGAAAACAAGGUUAAAUACUGAUAUCUUGCAGUCCCAGGAAGAGAAUGAACCCAAAAUUGCUGGAGACCAUUUCCACUCUGACCAACUAUCUAAUGGAGAGAAUGGGGUAGGCAAUGCUACUACUGUUGAAGGGAGAGAUGCUACUGAUGCAUGCACUGAGCAAUUGGGUAACUUGGAUAUAAAAAGUGAGACAGAGGAAAGCCUUGAGGCUUCUUUUGUAGAUGAUGAGAGCAGUGAGCAGAGUUGGGCACUGAGGUCCUUAUCUGAAUCUACUGUAGCAUGUGUUACUAGUGACUAUGCCAUGCAAAAUGUUAUCCUGCAGAUUGGUCUCCGUCUCUUGGCACCAGGUGGCAUGCAAAUACGCCAGUUGCAUAGAUGGGUUCUGAGGUGUCAUGCUUGCUACAAGGUCACCCAAGAGAUUGGAAAAAUAUUUUGUCCAAAGUGUGGCAAUGGUGGCACCUUGCGAAAGGUUUCGGUAACAGUCGGUGAAAAUGGGAUCACUAUGGCUUCACGACGCCCACGUGUUACACUCCGAGGAACAAAAUUUUCCCUCCCAAUGCCCCAAGGUGGAAGAUCUGCUGUGAUUAAUAACCCCAUUUUACGUGAAGAUCAACUUCCCUCGAAGGUUCUGCAUCCUAAAUCGAAGAAGUCGAGCAAGCUGGGGGAUGAUUUCCUGGGUGCCGAGGACAUAUUUACGCACAGCGGCGAGAAGAAAGUGGAGCUGAAACCCCCAGUUAGGAAGGCACUCGCAUUGUUCAGCGGGAAACGGAAUCCUAAUGACAACCACUUUUCUCGCAAGAAGGGCUAAGUUCAUUCACAUGUUCCUCGGACCUCUUCUGUUGGCGAGUGUGGGGAAUGUUUAGGACUCGGCAUGUAAACUUUACAAAGUUUUGCAACACCUAUGUAAGGUUUACUUUGAAAAGAACAUCUAUGUAAGGUUCUGUUUCAUUUCAUUACAACUAUUAUACUACUGAAGUACCUAAAACCAGGAUAUGUAAGAAGUAAUGGGAGGGUAGCAAGUAAGGCAUGAUCUUAUUGAGUAAGAGAUAUAUUGUUCCUGCAUCCAUUGGAUCAUUCCUGUUUU